CUGCUGUCCGAGAGCCAGAUCAACAUGGUGAAGGUGGUGAACUCCGUGAGUGAUACACUCAACUCCAUGCAAAAGGAGACAGGGAACCUGAAGAGCAAGCUGAAGGCAGACCUCCAGAGAGCACCUGUCCGUAAUAGUCGGCCCAAUGGCUGCUCCAAUGGUAGGCCUAUGGAUAGUGGCUGGUGGAAGGAGAAAUAGUAAAUGAGUGCAUGGACAUCACUUAACUACACCAUGUCAGCUGUAGGACAAUUGUUGAUCCCUUGAGCUGCAGUGAACCAUAUGUUAGAUGUAUUUAAUGUCUGACAUGGCUACUGUUCACAAUUGCACUAGAGGAAAAAAAGCACAGCUUCAUAUUGAAAUAGGUUGAGACUGUGUUAGCUGUUUGCAUACUCUGAUAUCCCAAAUAAUAUUUGUACAAAAAUGGCUUUUCUAUAAGGUACAUACAGGAUUUGGACAGGGUGUAGUGAAGCUGUCUGGGUAUAUUCAGAGAUAAGACAGACUAUUAAGAGAAUAAAUUGGUGGAGCUCACUGGUUUAAUUGAAUCAUUUCUAUGAGAAAAUCUAGGAUUUAAAAGUUAAUCAGGUGUCUAUCUGAUCUCGCUAGGCUCCAGACCUCGGGACUGCAGUGAUAUCUUCGCCAGUGGCCAGCGGGAGGAUGGGAUCUACUCUGUCUUUCCCACACACUACCCUGCUGGCUUCCAGGUCUUCUGUGACAUGACAACGGACGGAGGAGGAUGGACG